AUGGGGGCCACAGGAACGGGAGAAUCUCGUCUCUCUGUUGACCUUGCCACCCAUUUUCGAGGACAAAUAAUCAACUCGGAUAAAAUGCAAGUUGUCGUCUAUAUAGAAAAAAUACUGAAGACUCAACGUGUUCCAAUUAUUGAUGGAGGGUCAAACUCGUAUAUUGAAAAACUUGUGGAAGAUCUUGUGUUCAUGUUCAAAUAUAAGUAUGAUAGUUUCUUUAUUUGGAUUGAUGUUGAGCAAUUAGUCUUGAACCGUAGAGUUGACAUGACGGUUAAUCAAAUGGUCAAAGCAGCGCUAGUGGAUGAGAUGCGACAAAUUUUCAUUCCAGAUGCAGAUUAA